CAACAACUCUCCUUCUCUGAUCUCCUACAGUCUGUGGUUAUUGUGCCCACCCUGCUCAGAACUGUAAUGAAUGAAGGAGCUAAAAUACCCCUUAUUGGCUGUAUUGUACAACUUUAUUUAUUUGGUGCAACUGAAGCUUUACAGAGUUUCCUUCUAACUGUGAUGUCCUAUGACAGAUAUCUGGCCAUCUGCAAUCCCCUGCGUUAUUCUUCAAUAAUGAGCCACAGAGUCUGUGUUAAACUAAUUGCCAUGUCAUGGCUGCUUGCCCUUAGUGCUACACCAGUUACUGUGAUUACUGCAGCUACACAAGAGUUCUGCAACCAAAAUACCAUCAACCAUUUCUUCUGUGAUUACUUUCCUCUCCUGGAACUUUCCUGCUCAGACACCUCCUUGGCACAGAUAUUGGUAAUCACAGUGUCUGUUCCUGCAAUUGUUUUUCCCCUCAUGUUCAUCAUUGGAUCCUAUAUCUGUAUUGCCCAUGAAAUCCUAAAGAUAGUGUCCAGUAUUGGGAGACAAAAAGCCUUCUCCACCUGCAGCUCCCACUUGGCCGUGGUCUCCAUAUUUUAUGGGACUCUCAUUGGUGUUUAUAUGGUUCCCACAAGAAACCAGUCACAGACCAUUAGCAAACUCCUUUCCCUUUUAUACACUGUAGUGACUCCU